UGUUUUAUUCAACUGGGUUGUUGUAAAUUAUCAAUGAAAACACACAAAUCAACAAAAGUUAUCGAGAGCCCAAAAUAGUAAUUGGAAGUUAAUUUGUGGACUGAGGGAGUACUUUAGAAUUAUUUGUUUCAUUUGAAAGAUUGCAAAAAUAUGAUCAAUUAUAUACUCCUUAUAUAAGGCUUGGAUUUUCUUAUUACAAAACAUAGAAAAGGGUUUGCCGUGAGUUUCCUUAAUAUCUGAGACGUUGCAGGAGAAACAAGGUGUUGGUAAAACAACUGAGCACACCCCCUCCUGACUCAAUUCAAAGCAUGUCUAUGGAAGCAACAAUGGUCUUACUCGCAUAACAUGUCCUACAACGCACUUAGAUUCGUCUACACAAUUGUUACUGCAUUUGUCUUUGGGACAAUCUUCUGGGGUCUUGGUUUAAAGAGGAGUAAGGCACAAGAUUUGUUCAAUGCCAUGGGUUCCAUGUAUACAUCGGUUCUCUUUACUGGUGCUUUAAAUGCAUUCACUGUCCAACGAGUAGUUGUAUUGGAGCGGACUGUAUUUUACAGAGAAAGAGCUGCAGGAAUGUAUUCAGCCAUGCCUUUUGCCUUCGCAAUGGUAGUUAUUGAGCUCCCAUAUGUUUUGCUGCAAGCAAUCAUCUACAGCACCAUGGUCUAUUCCAUGAUUGGAUUGUUGCAAAAUUUUCAUGGUACCUUCUAAUCAUGUUCUUGACAUUCUUGUACUCCACCUUCCUUGGUAUGAUGUCAGUGUCCUUAGCACCGAAUGUGGACAUCGCAUCCAUCUUCUCCAUUGCAUCUCUGGGAAUAUGGAACCUCUUCUCCGGAUUCUUGAUUCCUCGGCCUCUUGCUCCGGUGUGGUGGAGAUGGUGUUACCUGCUGUCUCCGGUUGCUUGGACGCUAUACGGGUUGGUGGGGUCGCAGUUUGGAGACGUUGAGGAUGUUUUGGAGACGUUCGACACGUGGAGAGCUUCUUGAGGGUUUAUUUCGGGUUCAGACGAGACUUCUUGGGAGAAACUGCUGCCAUUCUCUCUGCUUUUGUGCUCCUCUUUGCACUAAUCUUUGCUUUCUGCAUGAAGCUCUUCAAUUUCUAAAAGCGGUAAAAAGAUACGGAGUACAAAACAAAACUUGUCUGUACAUAAAUACGAUACUGUAUGGGACAAAGUAGAUUGAUUAGUCCUAAGAAUAAGCCCAUGCAAACUGCAGUUGAGAUGCUGCUUAGUUUUUUUUUUUUGUUGUAAAUAUAGUUAAAUAAAUAAAAAAUACUCGGUAAUAUU